CGGGCUACGAGAAAAUGGCGUCCGCCGGUGCUUCAGACAGGGAAACCGCAGACAAUUGCGGAAGAGGUAAAACAAAAGUGUUAUAAGGCCGAGAGGACACAGUGACACACGGGAAAGACGGGUCUGAUGUAGUAAACAUGUCCGCCCCCGCGCCUCAGCCUCACAACCGCAGCCGCAAGCCGCCGCAGAAGGAGGAGGAGGAGGAGGCGGAUCCGGUGGAUGAGAUGAUCUCGCGGACCGGCUGUACGGCCUUUCACUAUGCGGUGCAGGAGUGUAUGGCCGAGCACCAGGACUGGAGGCGCUGCCAGGACCAAGUGCGGGACUUCAGGAACUGCAUGCAGGACUAUCAGAAGGGGAGGAUGGAGGAACUGAAGAAGAAGAAGAGGGGGCCACAAACCGAUUCCUAGCCUUCAUGGCGUCUACCGUACCGUGUCCGGGAUCACAUGACCGGCGCCUGGGACUAGGAAUGAUACACCUCUCUAUUAUAUAUAUAUAUAUUCAUAUAAUGACAGUUGCACUUUCCAAACUGGGAGGGGAUAAGGGACUGUUCAUACCAAGCAUCUUGAUUAAUGAACACAAUGCAAGAACUACAGUAGAGACUGACACAA